UUGUUUUUUUGUUUUUUGUUUUUUCCCCCUUUUUUUUCUUUUUGUUUCAGUGUGUCUCCUCUGUUGCGCAACACCACAAAAAUGCAGAGCACCGCACUGGCUAUGUCUCCUUCUACUCAAUUCCUCAAACCUCCAUGUCCAAAUCCUAUCCUUAAGCUCUCCCAACUUUCAAAAUCUUCGUCUUCCAUACGACUAGACCAUAGCCAACAUGUGGUUCAUAGACUCUUCUCGCAAAGACAUUCUUCUACAUUUUCUGCUUCUUUAUCUUCUUUGCUUUUCAGUGCUCAAAUAUCUGCUCCGUUUCCCGUUUCUACUCGAAGGUUCGAGAAUUUGGUAGUCAGGGCUGCUUCAUUGCCCGAAAGUGGUGAAGAUGCGGGGAAGACAGAUAGGUUGGCUCGGACUUUGCAGCUUGGGGCUAUGUUCGGAAUUUGGUACCUUUUGAAUAUUUACUUCAAUAUCUUAAACAAACAGGUUCUGAAAGUAUAUCCAUUUCCAGCAACUGUAACAGCUUUUCAGUUUGGAUGUGGUACUGUGAUUGUCACCUUGAUGUGGACAUUUAACCUCUAUACAAGACCCAAGAUCAGUCGCUCACAGUUCGCAGCGAUUUUACCAUUGGCCGUGGCUCACACAAUGGGAAACCUGUUGACCAAUAUCAGUCUUGGGAAAGUUGCUGUUUCAUUCACUCACACUAUCAAAGCUAUGGAGCCCUUUUUCACGGUUGUGCUCUCUGCACUGUUCCUUGCAGAGAGGCCAAGUCUCUGGGUAUUUUCUUCCCUUGUACCAAUUGUAGGUGGAGUAGCAUUGGCAUCCUUCACCGAGGCCUCUUUUAAUUGGAUCGGCUUCUGUACUGCAAUGGCUUCCAACCUUACUAACCAAUCACGUAAUGUAUUAAGCAAGAAGUUAAUGGUUAAGAAAGAGGAUGCUUUGGAUAAUAUCAAUCUCUUCUCUGUGAUAACCAUCAUUUCCUUCACCUUGUUGGUUCCCUCGGCUAUUCUCCUAGAAGGAAUCAAGUUUGGUCCUUCAUACCUGCAGUCGGCUGCAAACCAAGGAUUAAAUAUAAAAGAGCUAUUGUUGAGAUCACUUCUAACUGGGGUCUGCUUCCAUAGUUACCAACAGGUGUCUUAUAUGAUACUAGAGAUGGUAUCAGCGGUCACUCACGCAGUAGGAAACUGUGUAAAGCGUGUGGUGGUGAUUAGCUCCUCAGUCAUCUUCUUCCGAACACCUGUUUCACCCGUUAAUGCUCUCGGUACUGCUAUGGCUCUCGCUGGAGUUUUCUGGUACUCGAGAGCCAAGCGUAUCAAGCCAAAAUCAAAGGUUGCCUGAUAACAAAUAUGACAUCAUCAUCACUUUCAAAUUAUGUAAAGCUAAAACUAAUUCAAUCUCGCAACUGUAAAGAUUUGUUUCUUGUACAUCACUUAUAUAGGUUCUUCGUUUUUCA